AUAAGUGCAUCGGUCCCAUUAUUCCUAGUCGGGGCAUUAGGCAAGGUGAUCCUAUUUCACCUUAUCUUUUCAUUAUUAGAGCUGAAGGUCUAUCACGUUUGUUACAAAAGCAGUCAGUAUGGAGGAGGUGACGGGCUGUCGAGUAGCACGCGGAGCACCAGAAAUCAGCCAUAUGUUUUUGGCAGAUGAUAGCCUCUUUUUCUUCAAAGCUACAGAUGCUCAGGCAACUCGCAUCCAUUCUAUUUUGAGUAUUUAUGCCACCGCAUCAGGACAAUAUAUUAACUUGAAUAAAUCUACAGUUUGCUUUAGUCCAAACACAUCUCCCUUAUUGCGUGCUAGUAUUUGUGCUCAGCUUGGAAUAACAGAGACGGAAGAACUUGGAAGAUAUCUUGGCCUUCUAGCUUCUUUAGGGCGGAACAAAAGAGAAGCUUUAAGAUAUAUCAAGGAAAAAACUUGGAAGCGUCUCCACUCUUGGAAAAAUAAACUUCUUACGCAAGCAGGAAGGCAGGAUAUUCGAAAGGUUGCGGAUCUGAUUAAAGAUGGAGUUUGGGACUGGCAAACAAUUGAUUCCAUUUUUGAAGUUCGAGACCGUCGGCUUAUUCAAGCAAUUCCUCUCUCACACUCUGCCCAAGUUGAUAAGCUCAUUUGGGCUAGGGAUAGGUCAGGUCUAUAUUCGGUAAAGAGUGCAUAUCGUAUGCUAACAUGGGAUGAGAGUGUGGUCAAUGACAGCACGCACAACAGCUCGAAAUCAGUGUGGCGGAAACUCUGGCGAGUCCACACCACACCUACUAUUCGUAAUCUCAUUUGGCGUGCUGCAAACAACAUAUUGCCGGUGCUAGAUAAUCUCGCACGUAAAGAGAUGCCGAUUCAAAAUACAUGCCCGUUGUGCCAAUCCUCCGAGGAGACGGUGUUGCAUCUCUUUGUUUCUUGCAGCUUUGCACGACAGACCCGGAAUGAUAGAGUUUGGCGGGGUAGAAACUCGGCCCCAAUAGGUACGUGGCUAAAAGCUAAAGCUCAUUUUGAGGAGUGGUGGUCGUUAGCUCCGCCAAUUGCAGGAACGCCAGAGGGGGCCACAGGAAGUUCAUGGUCAAGACCACGUGAUGGAUUUGUGAAGGUCAAUAUUGAUGCAUCCACAGGCUUGAUUGAUGAUAUGAUGGGAGUGGGUUUCAUCGCUCGCAAUGAACUUGGAGUAUUUUUGGCGGCCAAGAAUACAUCUUUCAGGGGCAGCUACGGUCCCAGGGAGGCAGAGGCGGUGGCAGUUAAGGAGGCCCUUAGUUGGAUCAAAUCAAAAGGUUGGAUGCAGGUAGAGAUUGAAAUUGAUUGUAAGGAGGUUGUGGAUGCACUGAAUAACCCUUCCGAUGAUUGGUCUUAUUUUUCUUCGAUUAUUACUGAUGGUCUGCUAAUAGUCAAGCAGCAAGCAAUUACGAGUACUAAUCCCCGCAAAGAGCAGUUCGCAAUGUCCGAUCUCAGUUCUUCCCUCCCCGCGGCCGCCGCCGCCGCUCUGAGCGCAGAGGAUCGCGACGACUUAGUUAAUGUGUUGAAGAAUAAGCUUCAGAGUUUGGCUGUGCGGGAGUCCGAUAUGCUGAAGAAUUUGACACCGAGUGUACGGAAGCACGUAGAAGCCCUGAAACAGAUUCAGAACCAACAUAAUGAAUUAGAGGCCAAGUUUUUUGAGGGGAGGGCAGCGCUUGAAACUAAGUACCAAAAGCUAUAUGAACCUCUUUACACCAAGAGAUAUGAAAUAGUGAAUGGCAUUGUCGAAGUUGAAGGUGUUAGUGAAGUGUCUGGUGAUCGGGGAGAUGACAAGGGAACUGAAGAAAAAGGCGUGCCCAACUUCUGGCUGAAUGCAAUGAAGAUGAAUGAGAUAUUGACAGAAGAGAUCACAGAGAGGGAUGAAGAGGCUCUAAAAUAUCUGAAGGACAUAAAGUGGUCUAGGCUUGAUGGUACAAAGGGGUUUAAGCUUGAGUUCUUCUUUGACACCAAUCCUUUCUUCAAGAACACUGUCUUGGUGAAAACAUAUUACAUGCAUGACGAUGAUGAGCUUAUAUUGGAGAAGGCAAUUGGGACCGAUAUUGAAUGGCAUCCAAGUAAAUGCCUAACUCAAAAGGUCCUGAAGAAGAAACCAAAGAAGGGUUCAAAGAGUGCAAAACCAAUAACUAAAACUGAAAAGUGUGCUAGUUUUUUCAACUUUUUUAACCCUCCUGCAGUUCCAGAUGAUGAUGAUGAGGAGGAAGAGGAGGAGGAUCAGGCCGAAGAACUCCAUGAGCAGCUGGAACAAGACUAUGAGAUCGGCUCAACUAUUCGAGACAAGAUCAUCCCUCAUGCUGUAUCAUGGUUUACGGGUGAAGCUGUUGAAUUGGAUGAGUUUCAAGAUACAGAAGAAGAGGAUGAUGAAUGUGAUGAAGAUGACGAUGAGGAUGAUGAUGAAGACUCUGAUGAUGAGUAACAAAAAAUGGUGUGAAGAGUCAACCGAGCGAACAUCCUCCGAUUGAAGGCCUGAAAAGUUAUACUCCGUACAUAUAUAGUCUUUGUUGUCUUUGGUCUCUACUUGUGCUUUUUUCCUUCUGGUUAUCAUUUUCCAUUUUUGGGACUUUAUUUUCCUGCCCAUUCGUUCCUGAGUAUUUGUCAAUUUUUUUUACUUUUGUCAUUAAAAAUGGUGAAUUUUGACUUCUAAUUAAAUAAAAUUGAUACUCGUAU